CCCGAAUGGUUCCCGAACGCUGUAAUUUGGAUCGAUUCAGGUUCCCCCACGCCUCCACCGCUUCGGCUCUCUGAUUGGCUGCCAGACUGCUUUGUGUAUCUCUUUGCCUUGUCAGUUGCAGCCUUGGCUUUGAGAAGAGGUUUUUACCAUCCCACCCCACCCCCCGGGACCUGACCCUCAGGUCAGUGGAUUGCUGCGUCACCCAGGCUUGUGAUAAAAAGAGAGACAACUUGUGAGCCCAGCCUCCUUUCAUUGGCUGGGGGUGUCACUGGCAGGGCCAGCAUUUUGUUGACCAUCCCUGACAGCCCUGGAAUUGAGCCGCUCGCCUGGCCACCUCAAGAGGGCAGUUUUAAGAGGCAACUACAUUGCUGUAGAUCUGGAGUCACAUGUAGCCCACACCAGCUGGGUUUGACCAGUCUAUGGGAUAGCCACUAUCAACAACAAUAAGACCAAGAAUCAUGGCUUCUGACAGCCACAGUUUGGACUGUAGGUGCUGUUCCCACGGCUCCUCGGUGCCGAGCAGUGUACACCAGACACUGGAAGAGAUGGACUUUGAUAGAGGCAUCUGGUCAGCAGCCAGUAAUGGUGACUUCAACAGGGUGCAGAGGUUUCUGGAGAAGGGAACGGACCCUAAUUUGCCCGAUCUGUCUGGCUACACUGCAUUGCACUACGCCAGUCGUCGUGGCGAUUAUGAGAUCUGUGAGUAUUUACUGAGGAAGGGUGCAAACAGCAACGUUCAGACUAAAGGAGGGGCAACCCCACUUCAUAGAGCGGCCUACUGCGGCCAUCUGUCCGUCCUCAACUUGUUGCUGUCCUAUGGAGCCAUUCCUGCAAUCACAGACGAUGAUGGUGCGACCCCCUUACACAAGGCUGCAGAAAGGUGUCACCAGGAGGUGUGCGAGGCCUUGCUUCAGCAGAAUCCAGCCUUAAGGACGGUGAAGGACAGGCGAUCCAGAGCACCUCACGAUCUGGUGAUAGAUCACCCGGCAUUAAAGAAGCGCCUGCAGUCCGAGAUGUUGACAUGACACUUGCUGCCUAGGACCCGAUGUGCUGGCGUACCUGCUCUGCCAGCGGAGCUCUCUCUCGAUGCCAAUCUUGGAUUUGUUGGCAAGGGUACACCCACGCCAUGCUUUGGUCAUCAAACCAUGUCACUGCACCGUCUCAUGGAUCAGUCCACUGAUCAAGUCAUGGCUGAUUAACAACAUGUGCAUGAAAUCCUCCUUCAACUCGGAGGGGUGGGGGUGGAUAAUUUUGAUGGAACAACUGAAGACUAAGAUUUUCUUGGUUUGUGGUUUAUUCAGUGCCUCACUGGAGAGGCCAAAUUGGCACUACUUCAUUCUAUACUCCUGAAGCACCAAUAGUUUGAGGCAUUAAAAUGUUCAAAUUAA